GCGGCCGGGCGCGAGGCAGGAAGUGCUAUUUAGAGGCGGCGGAGGCAGCCAGGGGAGCUUGCGUCGGCAGCAGUGGCUCCUCAUCAAGAUGUCGAUCGAAAUCGAGUCCUCCGACGUGAUCCGUCUGAUCAUGCAAUACUUAAAGGAGAACAGCCUCCACCGAGCUCUCGCCACCCUUCAGGAAGAAACUACCGUAUCGCUCAACACUGUGGACAGUAUAGAGAGCUUCGUGGCAGAUAUAAACAGUGGACACUGGGACACGGUGCUGCAAGCUAUACAGUCACUGAAGCUGCCCGACAAGACCCUCAUUGAUCUGUACGAGCAGGUUGUGUUGGAGUUGAUUGAACUUCGGGAGCUUGGUGCUGCCAGGUCUCUUCUGAGACAAACAGAUCCCAUGAUCAUGCUAAAACAAACUCAGCCAGAGCGCUACAUCCAUCUUGAAAACCUUCUUGCGAGAUCCUACUUUGAUCCUCGUGAGGCAUACCCAGAUGGAAGUAGCAAAGAGAAGCGGAGAGCUGCUAUUGCACAAGCUCUAGCUGGAGAAGUCAGUGUGGUACCUCCAUCUCGUCUCAUGGCAUUGCUGGGGCAGGCGCUGAAGUGGCAGCAGCAUCAGGGCCUGCUUCCUCCUGGUAUGACAAUUGACUUGUUCAGAGGCAAAGCAGCUGUGAAAGAUGUAGAAGAAGAAAAGUUUCCCACACAGCUCAGCAGACACAUUAAGUUUGGGCAGAAGUCACAUGUGGAGUGUGCUCGGUUUUCCCCAGAUGGACAGUACCUGGUUACUGGCUCUGUUGAUGGUUUCAUUGAAGUUUGGAACUUCACUACUGGAAAAAUCAGGAAGGAUCUGAAGUACCAGGCGCAAGAUAAUUUUAUGAUGAUGGAUGAUGCAGUGUUGUGCAUGUGCUUCAGUAGAGAUACAGAAAUGCUGGCGACUGGAGCACAGGAUGGAAAGAUCAAGGUGUGGAAAAUCCAGAGUGGUCAGUGUCUGCGAAGAUUUGAACGAGCACAUAGUAAAGGUGUUACGUGCCUCAGUUUCUCUAAAGACAGCAGCCAGAUCCUCAGUGCUUCUUUUGAUCAGACAAUCAGGAUUCAUGGUUUAAAAUCUGGAAAGACUCUGAAGGAAUUCCGUGGUCAUUCUUCCUUUGUCAACGAGGCUACUUUCACCCAGGAUGGCCACUACAUCAUCAGUGCGUCCUCUGAUGGCACAGUGAAGGUUUGGAAUGUGAAGACAACCGAAUGCUCAAACACCUUCAAAUCUCUUGGCAGCACUGCUGGGACAGACAUUACUGUGAACAGUGUCAUUCUGCUGCCCAAAAACCCAGAGCACUUUGUGGUUUGCAACAGAUCCAACACAGUUGUCAUUAUGAACAUGCAAGGACAGAUUGUAAGAAGUUUCAGCUCUGGUAAGAGAGAAGGAGGUGACUUUGUCUGCUGCGCACUUUCGCCUCGUGGAGAGUGGAUCUACUGUGUGGGUGAAGAUUUUGUACUCUAUUGCUUCAGCACAGUGACUGGCAAGCUGGAGAGAACCCUGACUGUUCAUGAAAAAGAUGUCAUUGGCAUCGCUCAUCACCCCCACCAGAACCUCAUUGCCACCUACAGUGAAGAUGGCCUCCUCAAGCUCUGGAAGCCAUAGCUUGGCUUUAGAAGGAGCUGUGAAGCCUGCCUGUUGGUUGCAGGCUGGUGGUAUUUGUGCUUUUUAACAAGGUCUAAAUGCACAGUGUGUGAAAUUUUCCCAGUUUUCAGUUCAGUUUUCCAGAGGAUGACAUUCUUACUUACAACGUUAAGUAAAUUGUUGUUUAAAUGUUUUUACCAAAUUAUCUUCACUGCUAGUGGAGGUUUUGUUUUUCUAUCCCCUGAAGUCUGUACUCUUCUCUACAGUGCUUGUGAAAUUUGAAAGAGCUGGGAACUAGAUACACUUAGAAGUGGUUGCUGACUUCCUAGAAUACAGUGAAGUGUUGGGUUUUAAUUAGAGUUAAUUAUGUGGAACGGGAAAGCUGCCUUCUCUCUACUGCUGAAAAACACAUCCACUGUGUUCCUGGGUUGCAGAUGAGGCAGCUCUGUCCUCACUUUGAAGGCAGAGGCUUUCUUUUCUAGUCCCCUGGUUUUUGCUGUGUUGAAUUUUCACUGGGAUUUUCCCAAUUAUGCACAUUAAGUGUCACAGAGCUUCCUGGGAGCAAAACUUGGUAUUUCCCAUCUCCCAGGACUUCCUAUCUUAACAUGGUAGUGAAAUAGUAAUUGGGGAUUUUUGUUCUGUGUAAUUUUGUUUUGAGUUCUUGCUUCUUGGCUUUUUGUUUUCAUUUUCUUUUCUUAUGUUUUACUUUAUUUCCAGACUAAAAGGAAUCUUUACCUGGGCCUUCUUCCUAUAAGUGCAAAGUGUCCUCAGAUCAGCUUUGGCUGCAGCAUGCUACAGGGGAUCACUAUUUUAAAGCAUGCAAAGCUGGGUUAUGUGGGUAGAAUUCCUCUUGCUCUGAUACUACAUAGGCUGCAAUUGUAAUGGUGCUUCACACCCACCUCCACCUAGUUUUCCUCCAUACAGCUUACUGUGUUCCCAAAAGUUUUUAAUAAUUCUAUCUUAGUUUUUUUUUUAAAUUUCAUAUACCUGUGCCCCACACCAUGAGAAUGAAGAAGCUCUCAGUUCUUCAGCUUGGAACAGAUGGUGGUGACUCAGCUUGAGAUCCUGGGUCUUGUGAAUGGACACCAGAAUCUUACCGAGUUUGUAGGCUUUUUGUAGGAUGCAGAAAAAAAAUGUAAAAACACCUAGAUUUUUGUCUAUAAUGACAAGAGAAAUGCAUGCAGAUUUGAAUCCUCAAACUCCCUGUCCUUGUAACUUGUAGAAUGCUUUCCUGCCGUGGUAAUAUCUCAAAAACUUCUUUCUUUUGACUUAAUAAAAUUAGAACUAAUUUAAAUCACCUAAGGAUGAUUUCAUUUCAGCUGGAGGGCUUGGUCCUAGUGUAUUGACCUCUAUCACCACUUGCUUGAUCUGUGUUCAUACUGGUCUAAGGAGACGGAAACUCCCUUCAGCUUACAUCUCGCAGAGCACUGCUUGUUCACUACAACUAUUGUGUUCUGGUUUUAGCUGUAAUGCUUUAAUUCCUAAGGGGUUUUUUUGCUUUGUUUCUUUUUAAUUUCCUCAGAUAUGGCAAUAAAGUUUGUUUUAGAUAUUUAAAAAAA